CCGUCCCCUCUGGCUGCCUCCGCCACUCUUACGACCAAGUCCGACCGCCGAGACCAUGGUGUUUGCUGGAGCCGCCAAGUUUGUCCGCUACUACUUCGACAGAGAGCCUGUGGUGGUGCUGUCCACAGUGCUGGGCGCCGUGGGCGUCCUGUCGCCUCUGGUCAUUGUGCCUAUUCGCCGCAACCUCGGAUACCCCACUGACCAGUACGACGGCCCGAUCAUCCCAGAGUCAUUCAAGCCCAAGCAAAACUAAAGUUUCCCUGCUGAUGAUGCUCCACCGGUCAAGGCGAUACAGCGACAACGUGCUGUUGCUAGAAUGCGUGUGCAUACGAUGUGUCUGAGCAACUAACUAGAGCAACGUUUGAAUUCAAUUGUGUCAUAACGUCGCCAAUGGUACAGAUUCCAUCGACA